ACCAAGAGACUGUUUCUUGCUACUUCUGGUCUGAACAUGAAGGUGGUAAAUCAUUUCCAAACAACCCUAAAAUGCUCCCUAGUAUUCUCCUAUUUUUAGUACCCUUUAUAAGAAGCUCCCAUCCAAUCACCUUAGGGAAAGAACAAAGAAGCAGAGAAGAAACAGCAGCUGCAUUAGAGAAGCUUCCAUGGAAGGCCAGCAUUGAAGCAAACAACGAGCGUAUCUGUGGAGGGGUGAUCCUGAACAGCUGGUGGCUCUUGUCUGCAGCUCACUGUUUCACAAAGGAAAUUCCUCCAGAUCUCCAGAUAAUAGUUGGCUUGAAGGGGUACCCAGAGAGAAGACGGACGUUAGAUAGGAUAGUCAUCCAUCAGGAUUUCAAUAGUGAAAGUAUGGCCAAUGACAUUGCUUUGAUCUUGCUGAACUCUUCCAUAAAGUUCAAUAAAGAGAACAUGUUUAUUUCUCUGCCCUUGAUGCAUGACCUCCACAUGUGGAAAGACAUGUGUUACCAGAUGGAACUCCAGCAUGGCCAGUACUACAUUUCAUCCCUAACUACUGUUGCUUCUUAUGGGGAACUGUGGUGGGAUUUGGGUAUGGAGUGCAGAGUCUUUUGGCUCAGACUGGAGACUCUGGCAACCGUAUGCUCAUCUCAGUUACUUGUGCAGGAACAGGAUGUGGCCUUUUGUUCUUAUGGUGGGAAUGAUCUCUCGGUCAUGGUGAAAGUGGACAUCAGAUCCAGAUCAACAUUUAGCCAUGAAGCUGGAUCACCUGAUGGCAUGAAUACGCAAAACACUAUAGUGUCCUGA